AUGUCCUGGCUCGGCGCGCCCACGCUGCCGACAGGCGCGGGCGGCGCGACCGGCACUGCGACCCUUCGGCAUCGCACGCGCACCGCUGCCGCCAGCGUGGAGAACGGCGCCUCGUCAUCGACGACACUACCUGCUCCGGCCCGCCCGCGUGGGAGACGGCGAAGCAAGAACGCCCCAUCGGCUCACGCGUCGUCCAGCGCCAACUCGGGCUCGCCUCACAACGCGUAUGCAAAGGGAGCCAGAGGAGUUGUCCAAGCUGCCUUUAGGCAGUUUGGUGAACACUGUGCGCGCAACCAGAUUCGCACGCUCAUUAUCGACUGUCUUGUCAUGACCAACCUCUUCUACCCGAGUUUCGCCAUGUUCCUCGAGCGUCGCUUCGACCAGCCAAUGGCCGGACCAGCACUGGCGCCAGUGCCAGGGGACGCCGAGAGCAUCGCAAAGUCUCGCGGUGCUCUGUCAUUCUUCACAACGCCGCUCAGCCAGACAUUCUUUCCUCCACCACCGCCUCUGCUUCCCAACGUUGAGUGGGGCCCGUGGUGGGCAAGUGAGGCCGGAGCCGAUGCUUCCUGGGUGCCGGUUUCGACGGCUGGCCCGUCAUCCGACCUGUCUGUGGAACUCCUCCGAGUAGCAUGGGCAGAUGUGGGCGACGUGCUGGAUGGCGAGCACGACAUGGAGUGGACACCGCGCGACGAUCAAAUUGUCGCGGCUGUUCGGUCAUUGGCGGAAGGGUGGGAGAAGGACGGACCCGCGGGCGCACGCUGUGUUCGCCAUCUUGCCGACCACGACGGUGUUGCCGUGCCGGCUGGACCUUGCUACUUGCUCACUCCCCACGAGUCUUCUAUCCCCGGUACCACCGCGCUGUCUGAGCUGUGGUACCCAACCGACGGAGACAGUGCAGUGACAUCACAAGAGGUGUAUCACGGUCUCAUCGUGCCAUUCCAUAAGCCCUCCAACAGCUCAGCGUUCGCGUCUGCAUGGAGAAGCAGCCUCGCUGACGCCUUGGCACCACUCGGUGCCGAGGUGUUCACCGAGACGUACACUGGUGGCAAGAACGUCCAGUGCUCGACAUUGGUGUCGUUUUCGUCUUCGCCUCGUCCGCGCCCACCAGUGGUCGUCUCAUCGACCCCACCAUACUUUGUGCUGGUUGGCUACGCCGUCCUCUUCACGGCCCUGCUCAUGCAGCUCUCAAGCGCCUCCAAAGUCCACUCGCGCUUCGGUCUCGCGUUUACCGGCAUUGUCCAACUGUGCUGCUCGGGCGUCAUGUCCUUUAGCAUUCUCUCACUGUGUGGCUGGAACGGCUGGGGCCUGAGCAAGAACGAGGCCAUCCUCCCGACGUAUGCGCUCCCCUUUGUUGUUGUUGUUGUCGGCGCUGAAAACAUGUCUGCAAUGACCAAGGCUGUCUUUGCCGUGCCGUUCACCUACUCCGUGCCGGUCCGUAUCGGCAUUGGUCUCAGCAAGGUCGGCACCACCAUUGCCCUCACCUCCCUCAUCGACCUCACCCUCCUUGGCCUUGUCUGGCUCUGUGUCCACCUCCCACCAGUGCGCGAGUUUUGCGUUUUCGCAGCCGUGGUCAUCUUUACCGACUGGUUCAUGCUCAACACCUUCUUCCUCACCGUCUUGUCCAUUGACGCCCAACGUCUGGAGUUGGCAGAUGUGCUCUCUUCUAACGGAGCGCUUGCAUCAAACGAGGCAAAACGCCGUGAGGAGGAUGAGGCCAGGCACCGCCGCACCAAGUCGACGCGCUUCAGCUGGCGCAGUGUUCUCCGUGCAAGGACCGUUAAGAGUGGUAGCCUCAUCUUGCUACUCGUCUCGCUGGGUGUGCUGUACUACUACACGGAGCGCGGACGGACAAGCUUCACCACGCCGGCCACGUUUUACGGCUACACCCCUACCAGCACGUCGUCGCUUGCGCCUUCCGCCCGUCCGACCAUGUUUGCCACAACUGGCACCGAUCUCUCCUCACUGUCUGUUUCCGAGGCGCUCUGGCGCUCAAUCAACCCCCAGGGACUCGGCUCUGUCCGCAUGACCAUGCUGCCAUCGUCUAUUGUCGUUCUCCCACGCUUGGGCCACUCUCUCCUCCCUGCCGACCUGCACAACCUUCUGGUGCCGCGCACCCGAUGGAUGCCCCGUCUCGACCCAAUCUGGUACUAUAUCAAGGUCGGACUGGCGCCCCAGCUUCUCACCUGUGUGGUCCUCUAUUGUGUGCUUGCAUACUUGCUCAAGGACUCAGAGCUGCUUGCGGCUCAGCGCAACCGUCUUGGUCGCGGUCGGGAGGCGAAUGCGUCGGACGAGGAGACCGACACCGAGGUGCGGCCACGCAGGACAACCCUUACCCUCAGCGCUGGCGUCAGCAUGCUCCCAGCAAGUCACGAGUCGGAUGUUGACGUCCUUGCGUCGAGUUCGGACGGAAAGCUGGCCGUGUCGGUCGGUGUUGACAAUUCGGUUUGCUUCUGGCGUUUCACCGACGAUGAGCGUGUCUCUGGGACGCGCGAGAUGGUCUCGACCGAGUUUAUCCCCGCCGGCGAUCCCAUUGUUGGUGCUGCCGUGAGCGGUGACCGGCACUGCAUUGCCGUUGCCACCCGUGGCGGUGUUGUCCAGCUUUGGUCGACCCCAGACGACCGCAAGACUGAGGUUCUUGGCCCAGUCUCCGUUGGCUGUGGUGAUGACCGUGUCACUGCUAUUGCCUUUGACGACUCGCCUUCUGGUGUUGACGACCCGUUCACUGCCUCGCCUGUUGGCCGCGAGCGGCCCCAAGGUCGUCCGACACUCCUCGUUGCCCUCGGCAAUGGCGCCAUCCGUGCCAUCGGUGUCGGUAACCGCGUCAUCGACAUUGCGCCGCCCGCAAGCGCCGACGCCAGCUGCCGAGUCGACCUCUUGGCGUCCGACGCUGGACCUAUCGCUAUCGUCGGCGGUCCUGACAGAACCACCAUGUGGCGCAAGGAGCACGGCGAGUGGUCGUCCACCCCGCUCUUGUCAACGUGCGAGUCCACUGACCGUGUUCUCGCGGUUGCUUGCGGUCUCGUCGACUGGCAAAGACCUACCGACAUUGUCGUUGUUGGCCGCCGCUCAGGUCGCAUCGAGGUGUUUGACGCCGACGGCGAGCCCAUGGCGGCAGUGUUUGGCCAGGUCGGUGAGCCAGUACGCGACAUUGCUGUUGCGGCACCAUCCGUCACCCGUUGCUCGACCUGCGACAGCAAGACCAGUGACGGCUUCUUUGUCAUCUCGUCGACGGGCACCAACGUCUAUGUCGACCGAGUCGUGCCCCGCGGGGCCGACUCCUUCUGCCGCUGCCCACCACUCCCCCGCCGUGCCUCUGCCAUCGAGGACACCCGCAGCAGCCAGUUGAGCCAACUGGGUGUUGCGUCUGCGGUCUCCCUCCGUGGCUCUCCUCUAGUCCUCCCUCCCUCGCCCGCUCGCGCCCGCUCAACCUCUGGAGGCCUGAGUGGCACCGCAAGCCACGGUACUUCGCCGGUCAAGGCGAGUGCGCUGGCACCGCCGGCCUCCAAUGGCGAGUUCCCGCUCUCGUCGCAUGGCGCUCGCCGCCUGAGCGGCUGGCGCGACGCCGAUGACGCUCGCCGUCCCCCAUCACCACUUGACAGGCAAGGCAGCUCAUACACUGCGCUCUCGACCUUGUCAAUGGCUACUGCCGAUGACAGCGGCAACCCGUCUCCAGGCACCCGCAUGCCGUGGGCUGAUGCCGAUGUUGUUCCCCUUGGCGCUGUGGUCGCCACCGAUGGCGGCUGGGCCGUGUUGGGCAACGAUCUCGUUGGUGUUCGCCGGGCCGGCGCUGGCAUCGAUGACUCGCAGUGGGAGUUCUGGGCAGUUGACCUCGCUGCUCCAUGGAACGGCACCUCGCUCCUCGUGGACAAUGCCAACCUCGAUGUCCUGGAGCGUCGUGCGCGCGCCGGCACUUCACCUCGCCACGGAACACAUCUGCCACUCCCUCCCGGCACACCACCACCACCCUCAGCCGACGGCGAGAUGCCCAUGCGGGCACGUCGCGCCGAACGCAUCCUCAGUCUCAACGGCCGCGCGUCGUUCCCUUCCUCUGUCGGCUCGUUUAGUGUCGCUACCCACCCACCAUUAGGCUAUGUCGCGGUCCGUCCCUUCAGCGCCGCUGGCCCCCGUGCCGUCCUUGCGGGCUUUGGUAACCGUGUCGGUGUCAUCACCCUCCCUGCGGCGCCACAGCGUACCCGCCAGUCGACCACGGCCCACAACCUACUCCCGCGCCAGACUCCCGCGUUCAACUUCUCCCUCUCAACGCCGCGCGUGGUCACGCCCAGAAGGCAGCAAUUCCCCUCUGCCCCGCCACCGCCGCGCCGCGCCGACGGCAACGGUGUCAUUGGAAGUCCAGGUGUAGCACUGUCGGUUUCCCCUAACAAGAAUCAGUAG